CAGACUUUUCAAAGUGCCUGUUAUUGUCAUGAUAUGCCCCGCCUCCCUCUGGCCCAAUACCUCUUCACGCGUCUGCGGUCUCAGGGUGUCCACGCCGUACAUGGCGUCCCAGGUGACUUCACACUCAAGGCGCUUGACUACCUGCCCCUUGCUGGCCUGAAGUGGGUCGGCAACUGCAAUGAGUUAAACGCCGGUUACGCGACGGAUGGGUACGCGCGAAUCCGCGGAAUAGGAGCACUCUUCACCACAUAUGGUGUCGGUGAGCUUUCAGCCAUCAAUGCUGUGGCAGGAAGUUUCGCCGAAUCGGUGCCUGUCGUGCACAUCGUAGGCACGCCUCAGCGACGCCUCCAGGAUGCUCGAGCGAACGUGCACCACACACUCGGCGACGGAAGGCCGAGGGUGUUUGCUGAGAUGCAUGAGAAAGUCACGGUCGCGCAGGCGAACCUUGUGGAUGAGCGGACGGCGCCAAAGUUGAUUGAUCGCACGAUCGAGGCCGGGCUGAGGGAAAGUAAGCCCGUGUAUAUCGAGAUGCCCUGUGAUAUGGUCACGAAGGAAGUUGAUAGUGAGAGAUUAGAGGAGCCGUUGAGUACCGAAGCGCCGGUGGAUGAUGGGAAGCAGGGAAAACUCGUUAACGAACUGAUCCAAAGGAUCUACGCGGCGAAGCAGCCUCUCAUAUUGGUGGACAGCGGUGAUGGCGUGCGACAAUUGAAGGACGCAAUUAAUGCCUUCGUCAAGAGGUCUGGAAUCCCGACUCUGGCCAUGCCUUCGGGUAAUGGGAUGGUCAGUCACCAGUUGAGUAAUUACUUUGGCGUCCACUCUGGUCCGGUCGGACAGAUCGAUACAAUGCCAUUCGUCAGCGAAGCUGAUCUGGUCCUUGCUUUCGGGCCAAUGUUCUCAGAUACACAGACGCUGGGGUGGAAAGUCGUCCCUGACGCCGACAAGCUCGUCACUCUGGGAAAGAACUACUUCUCGGACCUCACGACAAGACACACCAUCAACCUGAGAACCUUCGUCGCGCGCCUGACCGAGGAGUUGGACCCUUUACGGAUCCAGUCGUCCGACGUCUCAUCCUUGGGCGAUUUCCGCACCAUCCAACCUCCAGCCUUUGGCGACGGCAAAGAGAUCAACAUCGACGCCCCCAUCGACCAGACGAACUUCUACCUGCGUCUGAAUCCGUACUUGCAGCCCAACGACGUCGUCCUUCUCGGCAACGCAACGCCCAUCCUCGGCGGCCGCGACCUAGUCCUCCCAUCAGGAGCCCAGAUCAUAGCAUCGGGCCAGUGGUUCUCAAUCGGCCACAUGCUCCCCGCUGCAUGUGGCGCAGGUCUCGCGCAGCAAGCUAUACCUGCCGUCGAAAGCCGCGGAGGCCGAACGAUCCUCCUCGACGGCGAUGGCAGUUUCCAGGUCACCGCCCAGGAACUCGCCACAAUCAUCCGCUACCGCGUCCCCAUGACGAUCUUUCUGAUCAACAACGCAGGCUACGCGUACGAACGGCAGAUCCACGGCAUGUAUGAGGACUACAACGAUCUCGCAAUGUGGGCGUACACGCGGAUCCCAUUCGAUUUCGGCGCCAAAGAUGACAAGUACCCGAUUCGUGCACACCAAAUUCAUACUUGGCGAGACCUGAGCGAGUUGCUCGCAUCCGAAUCGUUCUGUAAGAGCCCCGGUCUGCAGUUCGUGGACGUCCGCAUGGACAAAUUCGAUGUCCCGGAGAAGUUCAAAGUUGUCUUUCAGAGGGCUGGAGAGCAGCUGGGCUGAGCCGAUGGACAGAGCUUCACAUGUUGAUAUAUACGUAGUAUACACCAUUCCUGGC